GAGCUAUCUGAUCUAUAGAGAGACACUUCAUACGUAUGCUUCUGUAUUCCAACCAGCGAUUAUGGCGCCAGAGCCGGAGCUGGCUCCGUUUGGCUACUUUUCCCCUCCUCCUUAUACUAUCAAUCGACUUUUUCCUGACGAUUUCUCUCAGUCCACCACUGAGACGAGUUUCUCUAUCCUCGGCCCCGUCUGACGCUGUCACUUCGAAAGAUCGCAUAUUCAUUGCGAGCAUGCAUUGGAACAAUGAGCUAAUCUUACGCUCUCACUGGAGCGCUGCCUUAUUAGACCUCGUGAGACAUCUCGGCGUAGACAAUGUCUAUAUCUCCAUUGUAGAAAGUGGCAGUUGGGACAACACCAAGGGUGCUCUGAGGGAUUUAGAUGUGGAAUUGGAGAAGCUGGGAGUAGAGAGAAGUAUUGAAUUGUUGAAUAUUACACACAAAGACGAAGUGGAACGAGUGCCAGAUCCAGACGAGGAGGGGUGGAUACAGACAAACAGGACCAGAAAAGAACUACGUCGCAUUCCCUAUCUCGCAAAAUUGCGAAAUAGAGUUAUGGACAAGCUGAAAAAGCUCUCAGACAAAAGGGAUGGUCAAGGAAAACGAUCUUUCGACAAGAUACUGUGGUUAAAUGACGUAAUUUUCACGACCGAAGACGUCGUAAAUCUGCUUGCAACAAGAGACGGCAACUACGCAGCGGCCUGUGCAAUAGACUUUGCCAAACCGCCACUCUUUUAUGACACCUUUGCUCUCCGCGACAUCAAAGGCGAAGAACCCAUUACGCAAACCUGGCCCUUUUUCCUGGCUACCGAAUCGCGGAAUGCGAUGAAGACAAGUGCGCCAAUACCGGUUAGAUCCUGUUGGAAUGGAAUAGUGGUCUUCCAAGCAGAACCAUUUUAUGAAAAUCCAUCUUUGCGCUUUCGGGGGGUUCGAGAUAGUCUUGCGCAGUAUCAUUUAGAAGGAUCGGAAUGCUGUCUUAUUCACGCAGACAAUGCUUUGAGUUUGACGAAAGGCGUUUGGCUUAACCCAAAGGUGAGAGUCUCGUACAAUGCUAAAGCUGAUAGUGUUGUAAAUCCAAAAGGGGGGAAGUGGCCGAGCAAAAUAGAGAUUCUGGAGGGGACAUGGAGUAACAGGUGGGCUCGUUGGACGGGAUUUCUGCACAGGUAUAUCGAAAGUAUUUUAGUACAAAAAAGGGUCCAACGCUGGCACAGCGAGGUAUCCGUUGUAGGACAAACGGAAGUUCAUGAGAAGGGGGCUUACUGUCUCGUAAAUGAGAUGCAGGUCCUUCGUGAAAAUGGUUGGGCUCACAUAUAAUUAUUGCUAUUUUGAAUAUACAAAUUUACUGUUCUUGAUUUUGAAGCAGAGGACAUAAAAAAUAAAAAAAAUAUAAUUCAUUGAUUUCA